UGUAAUAUGAUAAAUGUCUCCAUCUGCUGUUUCUCCAACCCAGGAUCCUCUGCUGAUAUCUGCUAUAUAAUAGAAGUUUCCUGAUCAACCAUGGAGAGAGACAGGAACAAGAUGGCCGACAGGAUAAUAGACCUCACCCUAGAGAUACUCUUCCGGAUUACUGGAGAGGAUUACACAGUAAUGAAGAAGUCCUCUAGUGGGCGCUGUCGGUCCCCUGUGUGUGAAGGACGGGGAAGAACCCUGAGUCCAAUCCCGGGGCCCCCACCUCACUCCCUGAUACAUGAGGAAAUGGAGGAACAGAAGAUCCUAGAACUGAUCAACAAGAUGAUGGAGCUGCUGACUGGAGAGGUUCCUAUAAGGUGUCAGGACGUGGCGGUCUAUUUCUCCAUGGAGGAGUGGGAGUAUGUAGAAGGACACAAGGAUCAGUACAAGGAUCAGGUGAUGAUGGAGGAUCAGCAGCCCCUCACAUCAGCAGUCAGAUCCAGUAAGAGAACAGCAGCAGAGAGGUGUCCCCGUCCUCUUCUUCCACAGGAUCAGGAUCAGGGCGAUGAUCUGAACAAUAUUAAUGCUCCAGAGACAGAUGGAAACUAUAUUAAUGGUAUAAACAUAAUAGUAAAAGAAGAGACCGAUAUGAUCGAUGACAAGUUGUAUAUGAAGGACAUUCCUACAGGUAACUGCAUAGAGGGACAUCUGAUGUCUUCAUAUUUUAAAGCAGAUGAUGAUAUCACACAAGAUACAUAUGAAGAACAUUCCAUUAUCCCAGAUACACCCUCAGCCCUUCACAGACAAGAUCUGUCAUCUCAUCCUGUUAUACCCGUCCUGUCUUCUUAUCCAUCACAGACUGUUAAGCAAAGUCAACGAAGAGACGUUAAGCAUCAAAAAGCAGGAGAGAAGCAGUUUUCGUGUUCAGAAUGUGGUAAAUGUUUUUUUCAGAAAUCGCAACUUAUUAAACAUCACAAAACACACACUAGAGAGAAGUCCUUUUCCUGCCAAGAUUGUGGGAAAAGUUUUGCUUGGAAAACAAAUCUUGUUGAACAUCAGAGAACUCACACAGGGGAGAAGCCGUUUUCAUGCCAAGAAUGUGGGAAAUGUUUUAUUUCAAAAUCAUAUCUUGUUGACCACCAAAGAACCCACACGGGAGAGAAGCCAUUUUCAUGCCAAGAAUGUGCUAAGUGCUUUUCUCGAAAAUUUGAACUUGUUACCCAUCAGAGAAUUCACACAGGGGAGAAGCCUUUUUUAUGCCAAGAAUGUGGGAAAUGUUUUACUCGGAAAUCAGAUCUUAUAAUACAUCAGAAAACCCAUACAGAUGAGAAGCCAUUUUCGUGCCCAGAAUGUGGAAAGUGUUUUUCUCGGAAAUCACAGCUUGUUACGCAUCAAAGAGUACACACAGGCGAGAAGCCAUUUUCAUGUCCAGAAUGUGGCAAAUGUUUUCCAUGGAAAUCAAAACUUGUUGAACAUCAAAGAGUUCACACAGGAGAGAAGCCAUUUUCAUGCCCGGAAUGUGGAAAAUGUUUUACCUGGCAAACAAAUCUUGUUGAACAUAGGAGAAUUCACACAGGGGAGAAGCCGUAUUCAUGUGCAGAAUGUGGGAAAUGUUUUAUUACAAAAUCACACCUUGUGGAACAUCAAAGGACUCACACAGGAGUAAAGCCAUUUUCAUGUUCAGAAUGUGGGAAAUGUUUUUCUGUGAAAUCACAUCUUGUAGAACACCGAAGAACUCACACAGGGGAGAAACCAUUUUCAUGUUCUGAAUGUGGAAAAUGUUUUACUCAGAAAUCAACUUUAGCUGAACACCAAAAGACUCACACAGGGCAGAAGUCCUUUUCAUGUGCUCAAUGUGGGAAGUGUUUCUCAAGGAAAGCGCGUCUUGUGGACCAUCAGAAAACUCACACGGUGGAGAAGCCAUUUUCUUGUACAAUGUGUGAAAUGUGUUUUAGCCAAGAGUCCGCUCUUAUUGCACAUCAGAGGACUCACUCAGCUCUAUUUUUAAACUUGUUUUAUUGACAAAUAGUAGAAGGAAACAAAAUGAAAGUUUUACAGUGAAAGUUAAGUCACGGGUCUUAAAAGAGAAAGUGAAAGCAAUUUAGAACUUGAAAUUCUGAUUGAAAAUAUCUGUAGUUAGUAAAAACAAUGAGGUAGAUUUAUCCAUCUGCCUGACCUGACACCAAAAUAGUCAGGUGUUGCCAACAGCGACCAAUCACACAUCAGCUUUUAAAUUUUUGCCCAUGAGCUGUGAUUGGCUGCUAUGGUGAAAACCAGAUAGAUUGAUAUAUCUUGGUCAGUGUCUGUUUGUUAUCUGAAAUACGAAUUAAAUACAGACAGAAAAUCUAUAUCAACUACUAGCAAAAUACUCGCCAUUGCCCGGUCUUCCUACCUAAACCUUGUGGGAGACGAAAAGCAACAAUGACGAUCCCAUCCUCUUAUCCCAACCUUAUAUUCCCCCUUCACAAUCCAUCCUCAUAUCCCAUCCUUUAGUCUUCCUACCUAAACCCUGUGGGAGAGGAAAAGCAACAAUAAUGCUCUCAUCCUCAUAUCCCAACCUCGUAUCCCGUCCUCACAUCCUGAUCUCGUAUCAUGUUCUUUUAUCCUGACCUUAUAUCCCAACCUCAUAUCCCGUCCUCUCAUCCUGAUCUCGUAUCAUGUUCUUUUAUACUGACCUUAUAUCCCAACCUCAUAUCCCGUCCUCACAUCCUGAUCUUGUAUCAUGUUCUUUUAUCCUGAGCUUAUAUCCCCACCUCAUAUCCCGUCCUCUCAUUCUAAUCUCGUAUCAUGUUCUUUUAUCCUGACCUUAUAUCCCAACCUCGUAUUACAUCCUCACAUCCUGAUCUCGUAUUAUGUUCUUUUAUCCUGACCUUAUAUCCCAACCUCAUAUCCCGUCCUCACAUCCUGAUCUCAUAUCAUGUUCUUUUAUCCUGACCUUAUAUCCCAACCUCAUAUUCUGUCCUCACAUCCUGAUCUCGUAUUAUGUUCUUUUAUCCUGACCUUAUAUCCCAACCUCAUAUUCUGUCCUCACAUCCUGAUCUCGUAUUAUGUUCUUUUAUCCUGACCUUAUAUCCCAACCUCAUAUCCCGUCCUCUCAUCCUGAUCUCGUAUCAUGUUCUUUUAUCCUAACCUUAUAUCCCAACCUCAUAUCCCGUCCUCACAUCCUGAUCUCAUAUCAUAUUCUUUUAUCCUGACCUUAUAUCCCAACCUCGUAUCCCUUCCUCACAUCCUGAUCUUGUAUCAUGUUCUUUUAUCCUGACCUUAUAUCCCAACCUCGUAUUACAUCGUCACAUCCUGAUCUCACAUCAGAUUCUUUAAUCCUGACCUUAUAUCCCAACCUCAUAUCCCGUCCUCUCAUCCUGAUCUCGUAUCAUGUUCUUUUAUCCUGACCUUAUAUCCCAACCUCGUAUCCCAUCCUCACAUCCUGAUCUCGUAUCAUGUUCUUUUAUCCUGACCUUAUAUCCCAACCUCAUAUCCCAUCCUCUCAUGCCGAUCUCGUAUCAUGUUCUUUUAUCCUGACCUCAUAUCCCAUCCUCUCAUGCCGAUCUCGUAUCAUGUUCUUUUAUCCUGACCUUAUAUCCCGUCCUCACAUCCUGAACUUGUAUCAUGUUCUUUUAUCCUGACCUUAUAUCCCAACCUCAUAUCCCAUCCUCUCAUGCCGAUCUCGUAUCAUGUUCUUUUAUCCUGACCUUAUAUCCCGUCCUCACAUCCUGAACUUGUAUCAUGUUCUUUUAUCCUGACUUUCAUCCCAACCUUGUAUUACAUCCUCACAUCCUGAUCUCGUAUCGUGUUCUUUUAUCCUGACCUCAUAUCCCGUCCUCUCAUCCUGAUCUCGUAUCAUGUUCUUUUAUCCUGACCUUAUAUCCCAACCUCGUAUCCCAUCCUCACAUCCUGAUCUCGUAUCAUGUUCUUUUAUCCUGACCUUAUAUCCCAACCUUGUAUCCCGUCCUCACAUCCCGAUCUCGUAUCAUGUUCUUUUAUCCUGACCUUAUAUCCCAACCUCGUAUCCCAUCCUCACAUCCUGAUCUCGUAUCAUGUUCUUUUAUCCUGACCUUAUAUCCCAACCUCGUAUCCCGUCCUCACAUCCUGAUCUCGUAUCAUUUUCUUUUAUACUGACCUUAUAGCCCAACCUCAUAUCCCGUCCUCACAUCCUGUCCUUACACCUGCUCUGUAGGGUUUUCCUCAGCUCAAAUCCACCACAUAUUCUGUGAAAACCUUGGUAAAUAUGUUGUGAUUUAAAAAAAAAAAGUGGACUAGCCCCUUUUUUCCUUUCUCUUUAUUUACGACCAUGCCCCCUUUUUCAAUGGUCACGCCCAUUUUCGGGUUUUCUCAAUAAAAUGUAGAAUGGUUGGGUUUUUACCAAUUCUGGUACAGACAGAGUUCCUGGCGCAGUGCGCCAGAAUCUGGCGCACAACCUGAGAAAACAUGUCGGGUUUACAUUAGUAAAUCUGGGCCAAUAUAUGUAUAGAUACAUCACAAUAAAAUUUGCUUUAAC